AAAGGUAUUUUGUCAAACAAGUUCCCCCCAUUACUCACUAGUCUAUGCGCGAAUUGUAGCAAAAACCCUUGCAAUGGCAGUGACGGCAAAUUCAGAAAUCCACAGAUUCCCACAAUACAAAUACAUCGACGCCGUUCGUUGGCUUCCAGUUCUAUCCGCAUUCAACCGCUUCGCCGUUCUCGCUACUUCCGAUUUCGAUUCCAACCUCUCUUCCAUCGAAAUCCACUCUUUCAAACCAAAUCCACUUUCCUUCGAAUUCCAAUCUUCAUGGACAUCCCCUUCACCAAUCUCAUCUAUCAAAUCCUCUCAGUUUCUUCAGAAAUCAAUCAUCGCCUCUUCAACUUCCUCCGGUUCACUUCACUUCUUGUUCGCCGAUUCCACCGAUGCGAGGCUUGUAUCUGAGGUAUCUGUUCCGGAGAAUGAGCUUCACUUGGAGGGUAAGUGCUGCAUUGAUUUGAUGGAUGGCGGGGUUGAGUGUGUUACUGUUGGGGAUGAUGGGAGGAUUAAUUUGGUUACUGUUGGAGACUCUAAUUUGAAUUAUCGUAGAUUGUUUGAUAGUGGUGGGUUAGUUUCUUAUACGUCGGUCAAAUGGGCUUCUCCGGUGGAGUUUGCUACUGGUGGAUAUGGAUUUGGUCUUCAUUGGUGGGAUCAGAGAAAACCUGGUGGACCGGUUUCUCAGUUCAAGGGUAACUGGGAUAAAAAUUUGAAUUCUGGGAUAGUGCAUUCUAUAGACAUUCAUCCAUCAAGAAAGCAUACUUGUCUGGCUGCUGGCUCCUUAGGUACUGUUUUGGCUUGGGAUCUUAGGAUGCAACAACAGCCGAUUAUACUUUCAGGAACAGGAGCAGGUGAUGGGGCUGGCAACACUGCCGUUCAGUCAAUAUCUGAAAGUGAGGUUUGGGAGGUUCAGUAUGAUCGUUGCAUAAAAUCAAACACUUCAUCUACCCGGAUUUUACCUGCUAUGAUAUGUUCGGAGGAUGGAAUUCUUGGCGUGAUUGAGCAAGGUGAGGAACCUAUUGAGCUGCUGGCAGAACCUUGCGCCAUCAAUAGCUUUGAUAUUGAUCGACAUAAUCCUUUGGAUGUGAUAUGUAGUUUAGAGUGGGAAUCAGUUGCCAUAUUGACAAGACAAUAACAUUAACAGUCUUGUCUUGUUUGUACUGUAUUUGCUUGAAAUUGAGAAUUCUGAAAAGGGUACAUUUUGUAGCUGAUGGAAGAACUGGAGCUUUUAACUCAUUAUUUGUACUUCUCUAUGACCAAAUGUAAUGUUCUUUUGUAAAGCCAUUAGUAUGAAAAUGGAUUUUGGGAUUGGCGGAUUGCAAAAUAUGCAGCAUGUAUGAAAGGAGGCGUUUAAACUACAAUUGCAUUUAUUUGCAAAUUUGGGUGUGAUCUAUAUCCUGAUUGUCAUUAUAUCUUCAUCUCAACUGUUUGAUUUCCAUAUUGAUUUAACGUGAUCAUAUAUAGUAUAGUGACACAGUUUAUAUUUUUCACAAGAAAACAUAGUUGAUAUUGUUGUGCCUUCAA